AUGGGUCGCCUUACAUCUGAUUUGAUUGAAGUCGCUCCUCAAUAUCUGAAUCCUGUAGGUCAAUACGAACUUUGUUUACGAGAUUUAAAAAUUCCUGUUAUUGAAAAUUUGGGUGUAACAUUAAAUCAGUUCGACACUAUUGAUUUUACCAAUAAUGAUAUACGUAAACUUGAUGGAUUUCCAUUUUUGCCAAAAUUAAAAACUAUGUAUCUUGCCAAUAAUCAUAUAACACGUAUUGCCGAAGGUCUUCAACAAUAUAUUCCAAAUUUAGAUACGCUUAUGUUGAAUAAUAACAUGUUACAAGAACUAAUUGAUAUUGAUCCAUUAGCAACAUUACCAAAAAUAGCUCAUGUUAGUUUUGCAAGAAAUCCGAUUGCUAUGAAAAAAGAUUAUCGACUUUAUGUUAUUCAUAGGUUACCAAAUUUACGUACAUUAGAUUUUAAUCGAAUUACUCAAAAAGAACGUGAAGCAGCUCGUAAACUUUAUAAAUCAAAAUCAGGCGAAAAAGUCAAACCACAACAACUAAAAGGAACGAAUACAUUUGUACCCGGUGCAGAACUGGUUAAACAACAGCAAAGCAAGCCCCGUUUGACUAAGGCAGAUGCAGAUGCUAUUAAGAAAGCUAUUUCAGAAGCGAAGUCUCUUGAAGAAGUUGAAAGAUUAAAAGCAAAGUUACAAGCUGGUCAAAUGCCUGGUUUAACCAAUACAAAUCAUAGUAAUUCAAUGGAACAAGGGAAUACAUACGAAGAAAAUGGUACAGGAAAUAAUAUGAUGGAAACGUAA